AAUCGAACUCUCCGUCCGGUUCGAUUCUAAUCUCUUUUCUUUCUCAAAACUCAAAACCAUGGAACCGUCUAAACCCACAAACCCUCUCUUAUCUCUUUCCACAUUUAUUCACCAGAAUUGUCUCCGGCUCGGCGCCGAUUUUUCUACUCGGCUCGAUGAGACCACUCGAGCCAUAGCCAGCAAUCUUUCGCCGGUUCUAGGAGCCAGAAGGCUUCAUGCAACGCCGUUUUUUGCUUCUGUUUCACAGCAGCCGAAACAAGGCGCUGCUGCAGCAGCUGCAGCUGCAACUCUGAGCUCAGAGCACGUGGCGAAAACGCUGUCCGGUACUUGUGUUUAUACGGUGAGCAAUUCGAAUAACGAGUUCGUGCUAAUUUCUGAUCCUGAUGGAGCCAAGUCUAUUAGCUUGCUCUGCUUUCGCCAUGAAGACGCCGAAGCUUUUCUCGCUCAAGUUCGGUUGAGAAGAAGGGAAUUGCGGAGUCAGGCUAAGAUUGUGCCUAUUACUCUUGAUCAGGUGUAUAUGUUGAAGGUUGAGGGAAUUGCAUUUCGGUUUCUACCUGAUCCAGUUCAAAUAAAGAAUGCCUUAGAGCUGAAAGCUACUGCCACUAAGGGUGGGUUUGAUGGAGUUCCUGUAUUUCAGUCAGACCUGCUAGUUGUGAAGAAGAAAAACAAGCGUUACUGCCCAAUAUAUUUCCAGAAGGAAGAUAUAGAAAAGGAACUGUCAAAAGUUUCAAAGGCAUCAAGAGGGCCUGGUGUUUCCCAACAUAUAAUGGUGGGAAGUUUGGAGGAUGUUCUGAGGAAAAUGGAGAUCAGUGAGAAGAACUCAGGAUGGGAAGAUAUGAUAUUCAUUCCACCAGGCAAAAGCCACUCGCAGCACAUUCAAGAGGUGGCUAAUGUAUAAUUAUUGCCAGCGUUACUCCAGCAUACUCAAAUCAAACGAUCAUAGAGCAGAAACGUUACAUGCUUCCAGACUCAUAAAUUAAGCACAGGAUGUAGUUUGGAGUAGCCCGGAGAUAUAAAGAAGAGAUUCAACGUCAAUUUGGAAUAAGAGAAUGGACUGGCAUGCAAUUCAGUUAAAAGAGGUAUUGACUUGCAGGCAUUAAAUGCUAGGCUUAUAGAAGCUUAGUGCACUGCUUGCACAGUGUCUGACUUUUGAUGCUAUGAAUUUUAAAAAUGCUAUGAUGGUUGUCUCACUUAGUUUUGUCACUUAAUGAAAUGGCAAUGUAAUUUUUACUUCCAAACUGAAAAAAAGGGGGGAAAUUAACAUAUGGUGAUCCAUCUAAUGGCAGCUUCAAUACCACCCUGAUUUAUGUCACCUAUUCGGGCUGUUCAAAUUCAGUUGGUGAUGGAUUACUACUUUGAACAAGGAUGGUCGUUUGAGUUUCAUAUCGGAAGAAUAUUGAUAACUUGAACUUUUUGUUGUA